AUGGGGAUUGACCGGAGGAGGAGAUUUAGUCUAACCCAAAUCUUAGUGUUUGAGAGGCAGGAGUUUUCUUGUUGUGUUGGAUUCUUAUCCUCCGUGGGAGCACGGUCUGGGUUGCUAGGAAAGCUUUUGACAGCCGGUCCCUCUAACGAAUUUCCAUCUGCAUCGGCAAGACGCCUAACCAAGAUCUUUCUCUAUACCUCGGUCGCGCAAUCUGAAACAGAGGGCUUCUUUCCCCCGUCUCUUUUCUUUGUCGGAGUGGUCUUUUUUCUUCAGUUCACCGGAAUAAAUUCAGCUCCAUCUCCAUACCUCGGUCGCUAUCCCUCCACCGUGAAAAUGGGUGAUCUGAAUCGGUGGGUUUCGGACAAAUUGAUGUCCCUUGUGGGAUUUUCUCAGCCUACUAUGGUUCAUUUCAUCAUAACAUUGUCUAAGAGAGCUUCAUCCCCCUCAGAGAUUGUAAAGCAACUGGCAGAGUUUGGAGUUGCAUCGUCUACAGAAACAUUAAUGUUCGCCAAAGAAAUUUUUGCAAGAGUAGAGCAUAAGACUUCUGGGCCUAAUGUGUAUCAACAACAAGAAAGGGAGGCUGUGAUGCUUGCCCGAAAACAGAAGACCUUCAAGCUUUUGGAGGCAGAGGAUGAGGAUGAUGAUGCGGUUCCUGUUGCUUCAUUGCCUAGAAAGGAGGAAACUCGAAGCAAGAAGUUCAGGAAAAGAAGUGAAACUCAGGAUGAAAUGGAUGACGAGAUAGUGAAAAAUGAAGGAAAAGAAAGACGAGUAAGAAGCCGGACAUCACGUGACGACGAUGAUAGUUCUGAGUCUGAGGAAGAAAGGCUGCGUGACCAGAGAGAAAGGGAGGAGCUGGAGCGUAAAAUUAGAGAACGUGAUGCAGCAGGAACAAGGAAGGUAACUUAUUUUUGCGACUUAUUUAUGUGCCGCUGUUUUUUAAGCAGACAGUUUGCCUCGAGAUUGGCUUCUAUCAAUCCAUUUUAGAUUCUUAAGACAGUCAAGAUAUUUGAAAUUGGCCUCCUUAAGAUAACUAUUUUUCAGAGUUUCCUUCAGUGUUAUCAAUUUUUUGCUGUGGCAAUAUGGUGUAGUUGAUUUAUGCCGUAACCGCCGUCAGAAAUAUGUGAAGGAUGGCGGUUAUGGUGGCGCCACAGUCCGCCAUGGAGUGAUUUCAGAUUGCCGUCAUUUUUCCAUUGUCGCCAUUGAUAACUCUGGUUUCCUUAUAUAUUCGUCCGUGUUUUGUAUACUAACAUAAUUUUCUCUGUGCCCUUGAUCUUGAUGAGACAAUUUCUCUGCCUUUCUGUUCUUAGCCUCUAUUGUCCAUUGGCUUGUGGUUAUACUCGUGGUAUAGUAAUAGAAUUUGUAAUUUGAAUUCUUAAGCUGUUC